AAGUUGUCGCCGACGACCCACAGAGAGGGCAAGGCCACCUCGAAGGAGACUGGCCAGAACAGGGUCAAGGGAACCUAAUGGGGCGCAAAAGCGGAGAGUCACAGCGCGGCAAUGAACAUUGAGUAACUAGCCGGCCGUUCAAGGCUGCGCCGGCUCCUCAGCUCUGCGCGCACGCCGUCCUGCCGGCUUUGGAAAGUGUUUCCUGGCUUCUCCGCCAACACGCAAACAGCCGCGCCGCGCCCUUGGCUUUUCCAACCGCGCCGCGGGCUGCAUCUGGCCGGGAUUUCCUCUUCGGGGAAAGUGCGUGGAAGCCGAGCGAAGCCUCCGCGCCGCGUUGAUGUUGCCCGCCGUUUCCCGCCCCUUUCCUUCGCCUCCCUCUCCCUCGCGGAGUUGGUCUCCCUCAGGCGCUCCGGUCCUGGGAAGGACAGGGACUCUUCUUGGCUGGAGCCGUCAUGUGACCCGAUUGGGCUGCCUGGAUCGGCGCCGCACCAUGAGUGAACUGGGGGCUGGGCAGAGCGCGAGCCGGCGCCAGCUGCUCCCUCGCCUCUUCUGCCUGCUCCUGCUUUGGACCAAAGAGAGUGCCGCGCUGGCGGACUUCUCAGGUUACCUAACCAAACUCCUGCGAAACCAUACUGUGUAUGCCUGUGACGGUGAUCAUUUGAGUCUACGGUGUCCUCGGCAUUCAACAAUAAGUGUCCAAUCUGCAUAUUAUGGGCAAGCUUACCACUUGUGUAGUGCACAACAACCUGAAGUCAUGGUGAAAGAGCCACUAAACUGUGUGGCAUCUACUACCUUGCAGAAAGUCCUUGAUGAAUGCCAGGACCUGAGAGACUGCCAACUCCUUGUUAACAGUCGACUUUUUGGAUCUGAGUUAUGUCCAGGAGUCACUAAAUAUCUCCUAGUCUCCUUUAAGUGCCGACCUAGUGAAUAUAAAACUAGAUCAGUGUGUGAAAAUGAAGAACUGAAACUACACUGCCAUGAAUCAAAAUUUCUUAACAUCUAUUCAGCCUCUUAUGGCAGGUCUGCCCACGAGAUGGACUUCUGUUCAACAAAAAUGGAUUACCUUCCCCAAUAUGAUUGUUUUUCCUAUUCAGCUUUAGAAGUCUUGUCGAAGAAAUGCUACGGAAAGCAAAGGUGUAAAAUUAUUGCUAACAGUCAUAACUUUGGAAGACCAUGCAUGCCUGGGGUGAAAAAAUACCUCAAUGUCAGCUAUGCAUGUGUCCCAAGAUUCAUAUUGGCAGCAGUUAAUCCAAUGGUUACCAUACUCCCUCCCUCUUGGAAGCCAAAAGAAGAUGAAUAUGAUGUAAAUUUUGAUCCAAAAGAAUCAAGAAUUCCAAAGAACGAAGGAAUUAUAAUUAGCAGCAGUUUGGCUACAUUUGCAUACAUUAGAGAUCACCUUGAAAGAGCUGCUCUCUUGUUUGUGUCUAGUGUUUGCGUUGGCCUAAUGCUCACACUUUGUGCUCUGGUAAUGCACAUUUCUUGCUGCGAUGAUAUGAUAAAACUACGGAGGAUGAAAAAGCAUCUGGUGCUAGAAAAUCAGAAGGCUGAUGGAAAUGAGGAGGAGGAGGAGGAGGAGGAAGAAGAAGAGGAAGAGAGAGGGGAAUCUUCUGAUUCAGAUUUUACUGAUGAACUAACAGGCUUAUGCAGGACUUCAUAUUCAGUUUAUUGUCCCCUGGAUGCAGCCGAAUUGGCUGAAAGGAUAGAGCGGCGAGAACAGAUCAUGCAAGAAAUCUGGUUGAACAGUGGCUUGGAAGCAUCUCCUACUAGAAGCUUCAGCCCAUUCUAUAUCAAUGAACAGCAGUGCAUUUGUUUUGGAUAACAUGCACCUCUUUUCUUAAACUACCUUCUGUGAAGGAUCAUCUGCAAUGUAAUAUAUUAAUUAUUACAAAGCUAUAUAAAUAAUUAUUUAAAAUACCUUAAAACAGUUUUUAGUAUGGCAUAUUUUGAAUGCUUGCCUACAGUUUAUUCUAUUUAUUUUAUCUCUGAACUGUUUAUAAUUGCUUGAAAAUGAGAGUGUAUGUUAAAAACCAGCUUUACAUAUAUUUGCACUAAGAAGAACCUGUUUUGGAGCAUAAAAGGUAAGGCUGAUACAGCUAAGGUCACUAUGCAGAUCUUUUUUUCAAAAUAACUUCUAGAUAUAUUCCAUUAGUUCAAGCCAAUCAAAUCUACAUGUAUUCCUGUCUUGAAAAUAUCCUAUAUUUUAUUGCAAUCUGCAGGAAACCUGAAGAACAAAGGGAGGAAAAAUGUCACUUCCUACUUAAGAAAUUUAGAAGUGUCUGAACUUUCCCUAUAUGUUCAUAUAGUGACAUGAAAUGUAACGGGUGGAGCACAUUUUGAUUUUUUUUUAUUUCUGAUCGGUUUAAAGUAAAAAAUUGGACCUCGAGAAAAUA